AUGGUCACGCGAGUCUAUGGGUCACACAGUUCUGUUCAUCAGAGGAGAUCAGAACCAGAGCCCAGCUGUGUGUCUAUGAGGAGUGACGCGUCUAUGGGUCCACCAUUACAUUUUAAGAGUGGAGAUACACAGACUGAUCUCAGCCAUGAAGUCUUCAACAGGUUUAGAUCAAAUCUGAUGAAGAAGUUUGAGUGUCUGUAUGAGGGAACAGCACAGCAGGGAAACCCAACACUCCUGAAUGAGAUCUACACAGAGCUCUACAUCACAGAGAGUGAGAGUGGAGAGAUCAGUAAUGAGCAUGAGGUGAGACAGAUUGAGACACAAUCCAGGAGAGCAGCAACAGAGGACACACCGAUCCAAUGCAAUGACAUCUUUAGACCUUUACCUGGACAAGACAAACCCAUCAGAACUGUGCUGACAGAGGGAGUCGCUGGCAUUGGAAAAACAGUCUCUGUGCAGAAGUUCAUCCUGGACUGGGCUGAAGGGAAAGAGAAUCAGGACGUCCAGCUCAUAUUUCCACUUCCUUUCAGAGAGAUCAACUUGAUGAAGGACAAAACACUCAGUCUUUCUGAUCUUCUUCAUGUCUUUUUCCCUGAAACAAAAGAAAUGGAAAUAUCCAGUGACAAAUAUAAAGUGUUGUUCAUCUUUGAUGGUCUGGACGAGUGUCGUCUGUCUCUGGAUUUUCAGAGCGAUGUGAGGUUGUGUGAUGUAAGUGAAUCAGCCUCAGUGGACGUGCUGCUGAUGAACCUCAUUGUGGGGAAUCUGCUUCCCUCUGCUCUCAUCUGGAUCACCUCCAGACCAGCAGCAGCUGAUCUUGUCCCCUCUGAGUGUGUCCAUCGAGUGACAGAGGUACGAGGCUUCAAUGAGCCACAGAAGGAGGAAUACUUCAGGAAGAGAAUCAGUGAUCAGAGUCUGGCCAAUACAAUCAUCUCACACCUGAAGUCAUCAAGGAGCCUCUACAUCAUGUGCCACAUCCCAGUGUUCUGCUGGAUCUCAGCCGCUGUUCUAGAGAAGAUGUUGAGCGAAGCAGAGAGUGGAGAGAUUCCCAAGACUCUCACUCAAAUGUACACACACUUCCUGAUCCUUCAGACCAACAUCAAACAUGAGAAGGACUAUGAGAAGAACGUGACAGAUGAAGACAUGAUCCUCAAACUGGGGAAAGUGGCUUUUCAGCAGCUCAUGAAAGGCAAUGUGACCUUCUAUGAGGAAGACCUGAGAGAGUGUGGCAUUGAUGUGACAGAAGCAUCGGUGUACUCAGGAUUAUGCACUCAGAUCUUCAGAGAGGAGUUUGGCUGGUAUCAGGGGAAAGUCUUCUGCUUUGUUCAUCUGAGUGUUCAGGAACAUCUAGCAGCUCUAUAUGUGCACCUCUCCUGUACAAACAACAACAUAAAUGUGUUUGACCAAAUCACCAAACAGAAUAUGCGGUUCAAGGUUAAGUAUCAACACAAUUCACCAGAAUAUGUUUCACUAUCUGAGCUGCAUCAGAGAGCUGUGGAUGAGGCUCUACUGAGUAAAAAUGGACACCUGGACCUUUUCCUGCGGUUUCUUCUGGGUCUGUCAGUGGAGUCUCAUCAGAUUCUCCUACAAGGACUAAUGAAACAGACAAGCAGAAGAUCUGACAGCAAUGAGAGAACAGUUGAGUACAUCAAGAAGAAGAUCAGGACCAUUGACUCUUCAGAGAAAUCCAUCAAUCUGUUCCACUGUCUGAAUGAACUGGGUGAUCAUUCACUAGUGGAGGAAAUACAACAGUAUCUGGAAUCUGGAAGAAUAAAUGCAGUCAAACUCUCUUCAUCUCAGUGGUCAGCUGUAGUCUUUGUGCUUUUGACAUCAGAGAAGAAGCUAGAUGAGUUUGAUAUUAAUAAAUUUGUUGGAGGAAACAAUGAAACCAAAAAACUGGAGGUUUUUCAGAAGAUGCUGCCUGUGAUUAAAGAAUCCAGAUCAGUUCAGUUGAGUUAUUGUGGAGUCACAGAUGAAGGUUGUGCUGCUCUGACUUCAGCUCUGAGAUUUAAUCCCGAACACCUCAGAGAACUCAAUCUGUCUUGGAAUAAAAUAGGAAAUUCGGGAGCCACGAUGUUGUGUGCUGUACUGCAGGAUCCUCACUGUAAACUGGAGAAAUUAGAGCUGAGGAAUUGUGGUGUCACAGAGGAGGGUUGUGCUGCUCUGGCUUCAGCUCUGAGAUCAAACCCCUCACACCUGAGAUAUCUGGAUCUGUCUUGGAAUAAACUAGGAGAUUUAGGUGUGAAGCAUCUUUGUGCUGCACUUAAAAAUCAUCCCUGCAAACUGGAGAUACUGGAGUUGAGGUGUUGUAGUGUUACAGAUGAAGGCUGCAAUGCUCUGGCUUCAGCUCUGAGAUCAAACCCCUCACACCUGAAAGUACUAAAUCUGUCUGGAAAUAAACUAGGAGAAUCAGGAGUGAAGUUGAUCUCUGAUCUGAAGCAUGAUCCACAUUAUAAACUGGAGAAACUAUACUAUUGAUCUGCUGAUGGUGAAUAAGGAGCCGCUGUGUGACUUCACACCCUUUAUUCUUUUUAUAUUUUGUUGGUCUGUUCUUUUGAAUGACCGAUAUCAUCUGAUUUCUGCAAUUUUCGUCCAUAGGACCUGAACUUACUGUAUAAUUUAAGACUAAAUUUUAUAUGUGAUGGUACAUGAAUGAGUGUUGAAAAGCAUUGUCUGUAAUUUGGAGUUGUUUUGAAUUUGCUAGAUAUUGAUUACCAUAGAUGCUGUAACACUUAUUAUCCACCACAAAUGACAGUAAGCAGCAAAACUAAAACAUUUAAACCAACAAUCUGUAGACUUAGUGUAAAUAAUAGAUUCAUUGUGCAAUAUAGCCAACUUUGUUUAUUAUAAAGUGGAGAAGAUUAAUUUAUCAAUAACACUUUUCCGCCCAGUUUCACAGACACGGUUUAAGAUAGUCCUAGACUAAAAUGCAUGUUUGAGCUUUUUAACUGAAAGUAACUUGCACUGACAUAUCUUAAAAUAUGUCUGAGCUAUUGUUUUGUCUCAAGAUGCACACCAGUAAGGUUUUUUUCUAGGGUAUGUUUAUAAAUACCCUAAUUGAUAUAAGGCUUAUUCCUUGCUUAGCCUAAGCCCUGUCUGUGAAACUGGCCCUUUAUGUUUACAUGUGUAAAUUUAGGAAAGAUGAUAAACUUUACUUUAGAAAGCAUUGAGAGCUUGACUACUGAAGAGAAAUAAGCAAAUAUUUUAAGUGUCACAUUUUUUUACCUUUAAUAUAAACUUGUUUUUUAAAAUGUGUCUAUCAACAGAGACGAAUGCAUUAAAGAUAAUGCAAAUGAUUUCACUGAACGUUUAUUUCUAAAAAAAGUUUUUAUUAUUUUUAAUAUGAUGAUCUAUCUAAAUGAUCUAUUCAAGUGGACAGAUGGUUGAAAUAUUUAAUGUAAUAUAUUAAUAUAAUAAUAUACUGAUUUUCUUCUCUUUUUCGACAAGACAACUAAGGUAGUAAAAGGUGGCUGUUUUUGAUUUCUUAUUCCUUAUUUAUUUUUUUACAAAAACAUCCACUUAAAUGAUCUGGUUUUCAUCAAGUUAUUGUAUAUUUGGAAGUUACUGUGUAAACAACUCAAAAUAAUACAUCUGUUUGGAAUAACUGCUUAUUUAGAAUUAAAUUACUCUUAGAUUUAAUGGAGAAAAGAUACAUAUUCUAUUGUUUGCUAAUAUGGAGAGGUUUUUUUUUUUUUGUUAGUUUGUUUUUAUGGUAUAAUUUUAAGCGAUGUGUUCCGAAAUCUGUUGUUCUAAUGGUUAGAAAUGCAAUGCAACUUAAGACUGUUAUUCACCAUCAACAAAUGGUUGUGAUUUUGAAGUUAUGUAAUAGAAGACCUCCAUUUAAUGGAACACAUUUGGCUCCUGACAAAAGUUUACUUUCACUUUCAUUUUGGAUCUACACUAACAUUAGGGUGUAACCAUUCCAGUGGUGUUCAGUCACAGAA